GCUGCCCCAGGGAGGCGCGCAGAGGCGCCGAGAGCGCUCCCCGGCGGGUCCCCAGCUCACUCGCCGCGCCCGGGCAGCGGCCCGACCGGGCGAGCAUGGGCGGCGCGGAGUGACGCCGCCGUGCCCGCUUGGCAUCAAGGACAUUCAGCCCGCGGGGGUGGGGACGAAGGGGGGCAGCCCCGCGUCGCCACCGCAGCCCCCGAGAGCCGCCGCCGCCGCUCCGGCUCCGGGCUAGGUGGAGCAGAGGGGUGCUUGGAAUCGAUCCACAUUUUCCGACCUUUUUGUUGGACAUUCCGCCCACCUUGGACGCCGCCAGAGGAGCUGUCAAGCCCCGCAGGCUGGGAUUUCGCCCUCCGUUUGCCUGCCGUGCCUCCUCCCGGGUUCCCUGUGCCUCGGUGGAGUAUUUGCGUUCGGGGCUGGGGCUGGAGGAGGCAGCCACACGCGCGCACACGCACACGUUCAGAGGAGGACGAGAGGCAGCGGCACAGGCACCAUCUGCAGUGUCAAUGCGGCGCUCCCGCUGAAGGAGGCAAAAGCGGCGCUUCCAGGGAGCCUCUACUCCUGAGUCCUGGGCCUCCGAGGGGACCCUUGUGCCGAGUGCUGCUGUGCCGCGAGGACCUGUUUCUGAGAUGAAAGCCAUGCCUUGGAACUGGACUUGCCUCCUCUCCCAUCUCCUGAUGGUAGGGAUGGGCUCCUCCACUCUGCUGCCCCGGCAGCCCCCUGCGCCAUCCCCGAAGCGGUCUUUUGUCACGUUCCGUGGGGAGCCAGCCGAGGGUUUCAACCACCUGGUGGUGGACGAGAGGACAGGGCACAUUUACUUGGGGGCCGUCAACCGGAUCUACAAGCUCUCCAGUGACCUGAAGGUCUUGGUGACCCACCAGACAGGGCCGGAUGAGGACAACCCCAAGUGUUACCCACCCCGCAUCGUCCAGACGUGCAACGAGCCCCUGACCACCACCAACAACGUCAACAAGAUGCUCCUGAUAGACUACAAGGAGAACAGGCUCAUUGCCUGUGGGAGCCUGUACCAAGGCAUCUGCAAGCUCCUCAGGCUCGAGGACCUCUUCAAGCUGGGGGAGCCUUUUCACAAGAAGGAACACUACCUGUCGGGAGUCAACGAGAGCGGCUCCGUCUUUGGCGUGAUUGUCUCCUACAGCAACCUGGACGAUAAGCUCUUCAUCGCCACAGCAGUGGAUGGGAAGCCAGAGUACUUCCCCACCAUCUCCAGCCGGAAGCUGACCAAGAACUCCGAGGCGGACGGCAUGUUCGCUUAUGUCUUCCACGAUGAGUUUGUGGCCUCGAUGAUUAAGAUUCCUUCGGACACCUUCACCGUCAUCCCCGACUUUGAUAUCUACUAUGUCUAUGGCUUCAGCAGUGGCAAUUUUGUCUACUUUUUGACCCUUCAGCCUGAGAUGGUGUCUCCGCCAGGCUCCACCACGAAGGAACAGGUCUAUACAUCCAAGCUCGUGAGGCUUUGCAAGGAGGACACGGCCUUCAACUCCUAUGUGGAGGUGCCCAUCGGCUGCGAGCGCAGCGGGGUGGAGUACCGCCUGCUGCAGGCCGCCUACCUGUCCAAAGCUGGCGCCGUGCUCGCCCGGACCCUCGGAGUCCGUCCAGAGGACGACCUCCUCUUCACUGUCUUCUCCAAGGGCCAGAAGCGGAAAAUGAAAUCCCUGGACGAGUCGGCCCUGUGCAUCUUCAUCUUGAAGCAGAUCAACGAUCGCAUUAAGGAGCGACUGCAGUCCUGCUAUCGGGGGGAGGGUACACUAGACCUAGCCUGGCUCAAGGUGAAGGACAUUCCCUGCAGCAGCGCGCUCUUAACCAUUGAUGAUAAUUUCUGUGGCCUGGAUAUGAAUGCCCCCCUGGGCGUGUCCGAGAUGGUGCGUGGCAUUCCCGUCUUCACAGAGGACAGGGACCGCAUGACUUCUGUCAUCGCAUAUGUCUACAAGAAUCACUCUCUGGCCUUCGUGGGCACCAAAAGUGGCAAGCUGAAGAAGAUCCGGGUGGAUGGGCCCAGGGGCAAUGCCCUCCAGUAUGAGACGGUGCAGGUGGUAGACCCAGGCCCAGUCCUCCGGGAUAUGGCCUUCUCCAAGGACCACGAGCAACUCUACAUCAUGUCAGAAAGGCAGCUCACCAGAGUCCCCGUGGAGUCCUGUGGUCAGUAUCGGAGCUGCAGCGAGUGCCUUGGCUCUGGAGACCCCCACUGCGGCUGGUGUGUGCUCCACAACACGUGCACCCGGAAGGAGCGCUGUGAGCGAUCCCGAGAGCCCCGCAGGUUUGCAUCUGAGAUGAAGCAGUGUGUCCGGCUGACCGUCCAUCCCAGCAACAUCUCUGUUUCCCAGUACAAUGUCCUGCUGGUCCUGGAGACAUACAAUGUCCCGGAGCUGUCAGCUGGCGUCAACUGCACCUUUGAGGACCUGUCAGAGAUGGAUGGGCUGGUGGUAGGCAAUCAGAUCCAGUGCUACUCCCCAGCAGCCAAGGAGGUGCCCCGGAUAAUCACCGAGAACGGGGACCACCAUGUCGUCCAGCUGCAGCUCAAGUCGAAGGAGACGGGCAUGACCUUUGCCAGCACCAGCUUUGUCUUUUACAACUGCAGCGUCCACAAUUCGUGCCUGUCCUGCGUUGAGAGCCCAUACCGAUGCCACUGGUGCAAAUACCGGCACGUCUGCACUCAUGACCCCAAGACUUGCUCCUUCCAGGAGGGCCGAGUGAAGCUGCCCGAGGACUGCCCGCAGCUGCUGCGAGUGGACAAGAUCCUGGUGCCCGUGGAGGUGAUCAAGCCCAUCACUCUGAAGGCCAAGAACCUCCCGCAGCCGCAGUCCGGGCAGCGCGGGUACGAAUGCAUUCUCAACAUCCAGGGCACCGAACAGAGGGUGCCCGCCCUGCGCUUCAACAGCUCCAGCGUGCAGUGCCAGAACACCUCUUAUUCCUAUGAAGGGAUGGAGAUCAACAACCUGCCAGUGGAGCUGACGGUCGUGUGGAACGGGCACUUCAGCAUUGACAACCCAGCUCAGAACAAAGUUCACCUCUAUAAGUGUGGAGCCAUGCGGGAGAGCUGUGGGCUGUGCCUCAAGGCGGACCCGGACUUCCAGUGCGGCUGGUGCCAGAGCCAGGGCCAGUGUACCCUGCGGCAGCACUGCCCCGUGCACGAGAGCCCGUGGCUGGAGCUGUCAGGCGCCAACAGCAGGUGCACCAACCCCCGCAUCACAGAGAUAAUCCCAGUGACAGGUCCCCGGGAAGGGGGCACCAAGGUCACCAUCCGAGGGGAGAACCUGGGCCUGGAAUUCCGGGACAUCGCCUCCCACGUCAAGGUGGCCGGUGUGGAGUGCAGCCCUUUGGUGGAUGGCUACAUCCCUGCAGAACAGAUCGUGUGUGAGAUGGGGGAGGCCAAGCCCAGCCAGCACGCAGGCUUCGUGGAGAUCUGUGUGGCAGUGUGUCGGCCUGAGUUCAUGGCUCGAUCCUCCCAACUCUAUUACUUCAUGACGCUGACUCUCUCGGACCUGAAGCCCAGACGGGGGCCCAUGUCAGGGGGGACCCAGGUGACCAUCACGGGCACCAACCUGAACGCGGGCAGCAACGUGGUGGUGAUGUUCGGGAAGCAGCCCUGCCUCUUCCACAGGCGCUCUCCGUCCUACAUCGUCUGCAACACCACGUCCUCAGACGAGGUGCUGGAAAUGAAGGUGAUGGUGCAAGUGGACAAGGCCAGGAUCCACCAGGACCUGUUCUUCCAGUACAUGGAGGACCCCACCAUCCUGCGCAUCGAGCCGGAGUGGAGCAUAGUCAGUGGGAACACACCCAUCGCCGUGUGGGGGACUCACCUGGACCUCAUACAGAAUCCCCAGAUCCGUGCCAAGCAUGGAGGGAAGGAGCACAUCAAUCUCUGUGAGGUUCUGAACGCCACCGAGAUGACCUGCCAAGCUCCGGCCCUCGCUCUGGGGCCCGACCACCAGUCCGACCUGACCGAGAGGCCCGAGGAGUUUGGCUUCAUCCUGGACAACGUCCAGUCGCUGCUGAUCCUCAACAAGACCAACUUCACCUACUAUCCCAACCCUGUGUUCGAGGCCUUUGGGCCCUCGGGAAUCCUGGAGCUCAAGCCCGGCACUCCCAUCAUCCUGAAGGGCAAGAACCUGAUCCCCCCCGUGGCCGGGGGCAACGUGAAGCUGAACUACACCGUGCUGGUGGGGGAGAAGCCGUGCACCGUGACAGUGUCCGAUGUGCAGCUGCUCUGCGAGUCCCCCAACCUCAUCGGCAGGCACAAAGUGAUGGCCCGCGUCGGCGGCAUGGAGUACUCCCCGGGGAUGGUGUACGUCGCCCCGGACAGUCCGCUCAGCCUGCCCGCCAUCGUCAGCAUCGCUGUGGCCGGCGGCCUCCUGGUCAUCUUCAUCGUCGCCGUCCUCAUCGCCUACAAACGCAAGUCCCGUGAAAGCGACCUCACGCUGAAGCGGCUGCAGAUGCAAAUGGACAACCUGGAGUCGCGCGUGGCGCUCGAGUGCAAAGAAGCUUUUGCCGAGCUGCAGACGGACAUCCACGAGCUGACCAGUGACCUGGACGGAGCUGGGAUCCCCUUCCUGGACUACAGAACCUACACCAUGCGGGUGCUGUUCCCCGGAAUCGAAGACCACCCGGUGCUCCGGGACCUCGAGGUUCCGGGCUAUCGGCAGGAGCGCGUGGAGAAGGGCCUGAAGCUCUUUGCCCAGCUCAUCAACAACAAGGUGUUCCUGCUGUCCUUCAUCCGCACGCUGGAGUCCCAGCGCAGCUUCUCGAUGCGUGACCGCGGCAACGUGGCCUCGCUCAUCAUGACCGUGCUGCAGAGCAAGCUGGAGUACGCCACCGACGUUCUGAAGCAGCUGCUGGCCGACCUCAUCGACAAGAACCUGGAGAGCAAGAACCACCCCAAGCUGCUGCUCAGGAGGACUGAGUCAGUGGCUGAGAAGAUGUUGACCAACUGGUUCACUUUCCUGCUCUACAAGUUCCUCAAGGAGUGUGCUGGGGAGCCCCUGUUCUCGCUCUUCUGUGCCAUCAAGCAGCAGAUGGAGAAGGGGCCCAUCGACGCCAUCACGGGAGAGGCCCGCUACUCUCUGAGUGAGGACAAGCUCAUCCGCCAGCAGAUCGACUACAAAACCCUGGUCUUGAGCUGUGUCAGCCCAGACAAUGCCAACAGCCCUGAGGUCCCAGUCAAGAUCCUCAACUGUGACACCGUUACUCAGGUCAAGGAGAAGAUUCUGGACGCCAUCUUUAAGAACGUGCCCUGUUCCCACCGGCCCAAGGCUGCAGAUAUGGACCUGGAGUGGCGACAAGGAAGCGGUGCAAGGAUGAUCCUGCAGGACGAAGACAUCACCACCAAAAUUGAGAAUGACUGGAAGAGACUGAACACCCUGGCUCAUUACCAGGUGCCGGAUGGUUCCGUGGUGGCUUUAGUGUCCAAGCAGGUGACAGCCUAUAAUGCAGUGAACAACUCCACCGUGUCCAGGACCUCGGCGAGUAAAUAUGAAAACAUGAUCCGGUACACGGGCAGUCCCGACAGCCUCCGCUCACGCACACCCAUGAUCACCCCCGACCUGGAGAGCGGAGUCAAGAUGUGGCAUCUGGUAAAGAACCACGAGCACGGGGACCAGAAGGAGGGUGACCGGGGGAGCAAGAUGGUGUCAGAAAUCUACCUGACACGUCUACUGGCCACGAAGGGCACCCUGCAGAAGUUUGUGGACGACCUCUUCGAGACCAUCUUCAGCACGGCCCACCGGGGCUCCGCCCUGCCCCUGGCCAUCAAGUACAUGUUUGACUUCCUGGACGAGCAGGCGGACAAACACGGCAUCCACGACCCGCACGUCCGCCACACCUGGAAGAGCAACUGCCUGCCCCUGCGGUUUUGGGUCAACAUGAUCAAGAACCCCCAGUUCGUGUUCGACAUCCACAAGAACAGCAUCACAGACGCCUGCCUCUCCGUGGUGGCCCAGACGUUCAUGGACUCCUGCUCCACGUCCGAGCACCGGCUGGGCAAGGACUCCCCCUCCAACAAGCUGCUCUACGCCAAGGACAUCCCCAGCUACAAGAACUGGGUAGAGAGGUAUUACUCAGACAUCGGGAAGAUGCCGGCCAUCAGCGACCAGGACAUGAACGCGUACCUGGCUGAGCAGUCCCGCAUGCACAUGAAUGAGUUCAACGCCAUGAGCGCGCUCUCGGAGAUCUUCUCCUACGUGGGCAAGUACAGCGAGGAGAUCCUCGGACCUCUGGACCAUGACGAUCAGUGCGGAAAGCAGAAACUGGCCUACAAACUAGAACAAGUCAUAACCCUCAUGAGCUUAGACAGCUGAGAACCGUCCUUCCAGGGCCCCUGGGGGGAGGGACACACCAAGCCGUGCCUCAGUCUAGAUUAUCAUCUUUACCAAGUGCAAGUUCCGACCGGCGUCAGCAGCAUCCCCUGAGCAGCGCUGUCUCUCUCUCCGCCUCUGUCUCGCCCUCCUCCCUGCAUCCCUUCUCUCUCUGUGGCUCUGCCAACACGAUCGGACCAGGCCACCACCCCUCAGCUAGUCCCGGAUGGCCAGGCUCACGCGGGGCCCCAGCCAGAAGACAUCAGAGGCGCUCUCUUUCCCGGCUGACCCCGGGCAUGGGCAGCGGCGCCCAAAGAUGGAGGAGGACUUUCCACACCGGGCCGAACCUUGCUCUCGGGAAGAGGCAGUGAGCUCAGUAUUAUCUUCACUGCGAAGACACCACCUGGCUCUCUCCCUUCCCCCACUUCCAUCUCCAGGUGGUCCGCCAGGGUGUGGUCCCGUUGCAACUGUGAGAAGAAAGGCCCAGCUCUUGCAUACAGCAGAGUGGGGGGUUGGGAGGGGCUCUUGGAGCUGCCUCUCACCUGUUGGGUUGGCAUCCAGAGGCCACCUUGUCCCCUUGCAGUCUUCUUGGAGCCCUUCCAAGUGCUCUUAGGGACCUGCCUGCCCCGUCCCCUCCCCUGCCGGUGGAAAGCUGGACAGGAGAAACAGCAGUUACAGGCCACCACAGAGACCCUCCUACCCGUCUAGUCUGGCUCAUAGCAGCAGAAACGUCACGUGCAGUGGGAGAAAAGGAGGGUCGCAUCUACCCUGGAAGCAGAAUUUGGUGUUUUCCAUUCGCCCCCAAAUGCAAAUGAAGCACGUCCAUAGUCGUAGGUCUCGUCCAUGGCCAGAUCCUCGAUGCCGUCUAGAGAAAGCACCGGCAUCCUCCUCGGUCGGCGCUCAUCAAGGCUCAAUGUUGAAUGCAGAGAACAUCCAGGAGAUUCUCCCUCCAACCGCUUUUAUUGGCUCGGUCCCCACCCCCCUUCCUGAGAACUCUAUAAAAGGCUGGGGCAGAGAGCCGGGCCCCCGGCCCCCUGCAGAGCCUGGUGCCAUUGCUAUGCAGACGACUGUGUCACUGGACUGUCCAGACUGUCCAGACCCCUUUGGCAAUGACUUCUUCACCAUCCGCUGUCUUUUAGUCACUGCCCUUCCUCACCUCCUCCCCCGUCAUCACGGAGAGAACCACGCUCCAGCACAGCCUCGCAGAGACCAACCAGAAUGCCAGCCACACUCAGCCCCCAGCUCGUCAUGUCCGGGAGGGACCAAGGACUCAAGCUGAAGGACCUGGCCAACAAUGAGAGAAGAGACAACGGGCCUCGGCCCUGGCAUCUGUUUCUCCAUCUGUCCUUCCAUCUCUGGAUCUCUCAUUUCAGCCCGUCAGGCAAACGUGUGCUCAGACAGCAGGGCCUGUGGUAAGAGAUGGUCUAAUGGAGGGUCACGGAAACCUGAAUCUUGAAGGGACCUUAGGUGCCAUCUGGCCCAGUUUCCCACCAUAAGCAAGAUUCUCUCCUAGUAGCCCUGGUGGUUAAUUGUACGCCGCUCUGGGAGACAAGGAGAAGCAUCCUCGAAGAUGUGCUUGUGAGUCAGGGUUCCAGUCUUGCCUUCACUCCCUGAGCAUCAGACAUCCGUCCCUGCCAUCCCCUCAAAGUGAGCCCCAAUUGGAAAGGGGAAGGAACUACUACAUUUCCAGCAAAGUCCAUGGAGCACCCUGUACUUUUAAGAACUCUGGCCCCUUUGGAUAUGAGUGUGUGUGUGUGUGUGUGUGUGUGUAUGUGUGUGUGUGUCUGUCUGUCUGUCUGUCCCAGGAGCAGGCAGAGAGCUCAAAAGGACUUCUUGUCCUAUGGAGGGGACCCUGAAGUAAUUCCCUUCUCCACCCUUGCUCAUUCAUUCUGCAGCUUGAGGACAUUUCAACGCUAGCUUUCUGUGCUGAGUGCUGGUGGGGGGAAGGAGAGUCCCCUGUCUGCAGGAAACCAGGGUGCUCAGUGGCCACAGGAGGCCUGGACUUGACUGGAGGCUGGGUGGAGGUGACCCACAGCAGGGUAGCAUGUGGCAUCAAGGAAAGGACAAAUGGGAACCAAACACCAGUAGCCUAACCACGGAAAGAGGAGAAUGGGGAAAAGAUACACAUCGAGGGGGGAAAAUAACCAAAGGUUUUAGCAAAUGCAGUGCCAGGUGGAGAAGCAUGGGCUUUCUACCCUUGACCAUUUUAUUUCCUCCCGAGAAGCCACGGGCCCUGGCCAGAGAGGAAGCACGUUGGGGGGGGUGGCGGAGGAGGCACCACGGCCGCUAAGAUAUAUUUGCACACGUGAGGGGUUGGGGAGGAGAGAGACACAAACAUAUUUAACACAGAUUCGCGGAGUGGAAGCUGAGUGUGUGUGUGAACGCAUGUGUGAGUGAGUGUGUUUGGUUUAUUUUUUAAGUUUUGCACAGUUAAAAAAAUGAACAGGCAGAAAAGAAGACUGUUAUCAUGGUUCUGCUGAAGUUUUUAUUUUUUACCGUAUUAUUAUUAUUAUUAUUAUUGUUAUUUUUCCUUUGUCGGUACAGAACUCCCCCCCAACCCUGCCCCUGCCUCCUGUUUUGUCAUGAGAGAAACUUCAGACACCUCAGAGAAACCUCAGCGUCAGGAAGAAAGAGGAGAGGACAGUGUCCUGGCUCUCCUUUCUCCUGGAGAAGGGGUUGGGGCAGAGUUUACUCUAAUUGCUGGGGGGGUGGGGUCGCUGCUGGCGUUUUGUGUGCCGAAGUCUCUGCGGCCUGCUUGGGCUGGAGAAACAGGAUAGAAUCACCCAGAGCUGCAACCCAUCUUGCCCCACAAAGAUUCUCUUUCCUUUCUCCAUUCGUUUUCCAUUUUUUUUCCAUUUGGAUUCGUGGUGCACGUGUGAUACGUUUCAAAGUAAAGACAAGGCAGCAUUGUCAAAAAGCUGUCCUUGGCUCCCCAUGUUCUUUCCAAACUCCCCUUGGGAUCCCCGAGCUCCUCCUGGCAGGCCAGAGACGCUGAGAGCUGCCCCAGGGGACCUGGGGGCCAGCACGCAGCAGAGAAGGGAGCUGGGCAAAAUGGUCCUGUGGAAGGGAGGUCCCCUCAAGGCCUCCCCGCCGUGGCAGUGAAUUUGCAGGGUCAUAACUCUGUUUAAGGUGGAAUCUUUAUCUAACUUCUUGAGUCCCGGGCAGAGAGGAAGGGAGAAAAGGCCCGUCUCCUCUCACCUCCCCCUUCAACCGCCCCCUGCACCCUCCAGCCCUUGAGACCACCAGGGUCAAAAUGGCGUCAGGAGAUCACCCAGUCAGAAUAACUGACCUAGGUUAGAUGGGGAUUUUGAAUGUAGGAGAGAGAUGGGCUGAAGCCGUGGUGGUGGGAGGCAGGGAGCUUUAUGGGGUCCUGAAUCUAAAAGGACAGAUGGAUAGAAACUGAGAAAGACGGCUGCAGGCAGGUCAUUCCUCUCGGGGAGCACAAGUCUGCCCACGGGUGGGCUUUGCCGUUCUCUGUCCUUCCACAUAAGGAGAGACCCUGACAUUUCUUGGGUAAAAGCAAAUAGUGCCACUAAGUGAAGUUGGCUACUGUGUCAGUCAAUUCCUCAGGAAAAUACUUUUUCUUGCCUUCUUUCAAUGUGGUUUUAAUUUGGGGACAGAGGACUGCCUGAGUGUUCACAGGCCAAGGUAGGUUCGCACCCCAGAGCAACAUGCACACCCAGAGUCAGCCCUGGAGCCUCCCUCUUGUGAGCCCGUGGGCCGAUGAGUCAGGCCCUAGAUGCUAGGGCUAGGGUCAGAGAGAGAAGGCCUUUUCGAUAAUCCCCAAGUGAAGCAGACGAUCCAGGACCGCACCAGGCAGAAGCGGCAGUCGCUGACCGGUAAGGUCGCUGACCUUGUCCACUCAGGCCUCAGGCCUGGAUCUCACUCCCCAGCCCUAAGCUAAUGUCAAGGUACUGUCCCAGCACCCCUUCUCCUCCCACCCGAGGUCCCUGUGCUCGUGUUCCCCUUGCAUGUCUGGCUGCUGAGAGUGUCCCUCCCCCGCAAAGGCGACCGUGCCCCCUUGUGCCCCUCGCCCACAGCUGCUCACGUAGCCUCUGCCCCAAGGCUGCAUAUUUCCUCCUACGGGAGCCUCAGACCUCACACGCCAGCCCCACCCUGGGGCAGCUCCAGGCCCCUGCCACCUUCCCGGCACUGCCUUCCUGAGUGAUGGGGGGUCCCCAGUCCCACCUGGGCCCUGGGGAUCCCCCAUCAGAAGAGCGACAAGCAGUGAUUUCCCAAGCAAACUCCACUCCAAGAGGCAAGUCCUGCUGAUGUUUCCAGAACCCUCAACAAUCCUGCGCUUUAACCUAAUGGGAAAGCCUGUUUUUCAUCUGUCUCCUUUCUCAGGAAUAAGGGGACAUUUCUUUGGCUUCACAGGAUGUGAAGUCAAACACUUAACCUAGUGAAGGUUAAAGUUAAUUAUUCUUAAUCAAGAACAAACUUCCCCACCUCUCAGACAGCAAGGAGGGAGGGGAAGAGGCAGGGAGGCUCUGCAGGCAGGAGGCCCAUAGACACCUCUUUCGUGGCCCUUCCAGGAAUGGGCCACCCCAACAAGCGGUCCCAGCAUGUUCUGAAAGGCCCCCGAGAGGCAUUUCUAAGCAUGAAUAACCUCCAGAUAUCUCCCCAGGAGAAGACCCUGCCCUAGGAGGAUACUGGCUCCUUCCUGUCCUUUCCUCUUGCUCCUAGUUCACAUUAAGGACCCCUGUUAGCAUUCAGGACAGGCGACUGAGGGCCCCGCAGCCCCUCCCUUUUCCUUUAACCUAUAUGUGGACUGUUUCUUUGGGGUUUGAGGUUGUUUACUUUUUGUUUGUAUAUGUUAAGCGUUGGAGAUGAAGGAGGGAGCCCAGGUGUGGCUGUCAAGUCCAAAUUGCUGGAAGGAAGAAACAAAACUCUUCACCUGUGACUUUUGAGGGAUGAAGAGAGCCUUGGGGCUGAGGAGGGGGGCUCCCCCUGUUGUUAAAAAAUGGGUCAGGAUAUUCCCCAUGUGGACAUGCCUGGGGAAGAAGCCUCCAUGGCUGCUAAUAUUCUCGGUGCUUCCCGGGCACCUCUGAUGGCUGCAGCCUGCCAUGCUGCCCGUCUGCUCCCACAGGUGUGGCCACCGAGAGCCGUUACAGAACGGGAAGCUGAGGUACAGCUUCCAGGUGACUCUGGAGAGGCAGCUCCAGAGAGAGGCUGGGAAACCUCGGGCCUCUGUCCCCACGGUGCUGAGAGCGGCAACGCCCUCCGCUGGAAAACAGAGACAAGACCAUUCCUCCCAUUCACAAAGGAAUCUCUCUAGGAUGAGUUUUGGACUUGUAAGAGAGACUUUUUUUUUUUAACUAUAAGUCUUUGCUCCCUGAUUAAAAAAAAAAUUUUUUUUAAUUAGGGGGAGUAUCCAACUUUAUAAAAUAUACAGGAUUUUUGGGUUAUAAAAGUAAUACAUACUCAUUAGAGUCCCCAUUAAAUUCCAUGAGUAGACCAGUGACUAAGCAAAGCUAAACAAAACAAGAUCCCUAAUAAAUGAAAAGAGAUUUCUGUCCACAUUGGCAGAGAUAGUGAGGCGGGAGGGGGGCUGUAUGCCCUCUAGCGGGUGUGCCCCACCUUCCCUUCUCACCCCCUUUCACUUUGUCCAGUCUUGGCUCUCUGGGCGGCCCCAGUGUUGCUGCGCCCCCUGCCGUCCCCAUCAGCUUCCCUCAAACCCUAGGGACGCCCUGUUCAGGAUUGGUCAUGGGGGCACCAAGUCCCCUCCCGAGAGUGCAAACGCUCAUGGCAAAUAGACGCGUUCUAUGCAGCUCAUCUUCUACCAUUUUUUAAACUGGAAUUACAACUUCUUUUGUUAGUAUCUUUGAUCUUACGACUCAAGCACAUUUUGGAAGGGCUCCCUUCCAAGAGUGGGACUCAAAACAGAGGAUACAGUUAAAGAGCAAUGCAAAGGACACUUAACCAAGCGAGACUGCUUACCAGCUAGGACUACUGGACGCGGUUCAGGCCCGUGACCAAGAUGUGACACGUGUCUUGUGUGCUCUCCUUCCUCCUCCCUUCCCUGAUGUUCUCCCCAGCUGUUGGCUCGUUAAACCUUCCGUUCUUUAAAAAGAAAAGCUAGUUUACCUCAAAGAAUCUUGUUUCCAUUUGGAAACCAAUGACUGUGUUUUAGAGUAGAUGACCCUCCCCUCCAUCACUCCCCGCCUGGGUCUGGUGUCCUGAGGCCUGAGGUCCUUGCUUAGUCAUGCAAUGGCGAUGCUGACCAAGAACAAGACCCCCAGGUCCUGAGAUGGACAGGAAGGACUGGGUGCAGCUGGCCUCCUCCCCAACUGAGCGGGUAUGCACCAGAGAUGGGCUGGUCCAGCAGGGUCCUGCCCGGUCACCAUAGUAACCAGCAACUCCAGGGUACCACCAACAGAGAACAGCUCAGUAAGCCGAGGCGUAGGCGAGCGGAGUCUGGCCCGGUCACACCACCCAGAGUCAAGUCCAAUGCUAGAGGGAAGAGGAGAAGCAAGGAAGGAUGAGUGGGUGGUUUGAGGAACAGGCGGAGGCCUUUGAGUCUCAGAGAGAGGCCGCCGAAGGAGGUGGGGCAGGUCACUCCUGCUCCGGUCACCCCCUUCCAGCCCCACCCCACCUUUGUUUCCAUAAAGCUCCCACCUUGAACACUGACCCUUUGUUAGAACAAAGCAAAACAUAUCUUUAGACAACAGUGUUAUAAUGAGCCUCAAAGAUAGGUGGAUGGAAUCUAUUAGAGGAAGAGGGUCUUCUGGUUUUGAUUUUUAAAAAAGAGUAUCCUAGUAAGAUUUAAAAAAAAGAUUUAAAAAAAUAAAGUUUUUAAAAAGGAAACCUAUGCUAUUUAAAUUGGAGCCCAGUUGUAACUUGGUAAAGGCAAGCUUCUGUACCUUUGUUAUAAUUAAUUGUAUACCUGUGUAUGUAAAUAUAAGGCAUUCCUAUUUUGCAGUUCAGAACAAAAAAAAACCUAUUUGUAAUAUAGAAUAAAGUUUAUUAAAAAAUAAUAAAAAUGCA